AUGGAGUUAAGUUAUAAUCGGAUACGUGGUCUCAACUUUGAUGGGUAUCCAAUACAUCAUAAUCUAAAACGGAUUAACCUUCUGUUUAAUAGCAUUGAAGAAGUUCACCCGAGCGAUUUCCUCCCUCUGCAAAAUGCUUCCAUCUCAUUUUUGUCAUUAGCCUCAAAUAAGAUUAAGAAGUUGCACAGUUAUGCAUUUCAUCAUCUGCAUUCAAUUAAGAGUCUACAUCUAGAGGGCAAUCAGUUGAAUUCUUUUGAUAUUCAGCCUUUUCUAGGUAUGACAUCGAUUGGAGAAUUAUCUGUCUAUGGUUGUGGAAUCUAUCAGCUUCUUCCACUUGGCAAUGCAUCAUAUCAAAAUGAGAGCAUUCCAUCAGUAUCUAUUCUUCAAAUGAAAAGUAAUAUGAUAAAGAAUGUACCCAAUGGUUCAUUUUGGGGUUUUACAAGACUUCAAACCCUUGUUCUGAAGGACAACAAAAUGAGAACUUUUGGUAAUCAAUCAUUCUGUCUGCUUAGAACUCUUAGAGAACUGGACAUUUCAUAUAAUAAAAUAGAAUUGAUACCAGCUCAAACAUUUGCUUGCUUACCCAGACUAAUAAAGUUGAAUGUGUCACACAAUUUUAUAAGAACUCUUUCACCACUGUCCUUCAAUGGAAUUCCAAGGAUAACAUCUAUUGGGCUGUCCCAUAAUACAAUUGUAGAUUUGAACAGUGAAAAAACCGUUUGGACUCUUGAAACCCUCCUUAAACUUGAUAUAUCAAACAACGAUAUACAUUUCAUUUCUCAAAGCAUAUUUCAAGGGCUCUCAUAUUUAACAGAGUUAAAUUUAUCUUUCAAUCCAUGCCAUUCUUAUAGUGCCAAAGCAUUCAAAGAUCUUCCAAACUUGGAAAGAUUACUACUGUUUAAUCAGAAGAAGAUCUAUCUACAGACUACCUUCCAGCAACUUCAUACAGUCCUUUACUUGGAUAUUUCAAAUGCUCAAGUCAAAGCUUCACGAUAUUCAAUAGAACAAUUUGUCAAUAUGACUCACCUUCAUGAUUUACAUAUUGAGAAAGCACAUCUGACAAGCAGUGACCUAUAUGACGAGAACAGCAACCAGUCUCUAUUUACUGGACUCUAUUCAUUGAAAAAAUUGCACCUCAAGGAAAACUUUUUACACAGCCUGGAUAGCAGGGUGUUCAACAGCCUUCCAAACCUGUUCUACCUAGAUAUGAAAAACUGUAGGAUUCUUGAACUGAGGCCAAGAUUGUUCCAUUUCCUACCCUCUCUUGCUAUUUUAUACCUCAGUGACAACAAAUUGGUUAAGAUUUCUGAAGACACAUUCCAUGGUCUCUUUUACUUGAAGCUGCUUUACAUCCAAAAUAAUAGCCUCCAUGGUCUGGAGACAACAACGUUUGCCCAGAAUUCAAGACUUACGUACCUUUAUCUUCCUGGAAAUCAAAUCAGUAUCAUCAAACCAGGAACAGUUUUGCCAUCGAACAACUCUCUUCGGUUGGAUAUAUCCAGAAACCCAUUCACUUGUGGAUGUUCGUUGACAUGGUUCAGGCAGUGGCUCGACUCAGCUGACAUAGAUUUUAGGCAUCCAAACCAAACAGUGUGCUCCAGUACUUCAUUGAAAGAACUGAACAAUAAACCCAUUCUUUCAUUCCACCCUAAAGAUCACUGCGGUGUAAACAUUGUUCUCAUUGCAGUUCUUUCCUUCUCAGGUCUCCUGGUUGGUAUGCUGGCCAUGCUUGCAUACCAUAAACGAUGGUGGUUGAAUCACAAACUCUUCCUCCUCAAACUUGCUGUCAUUGGCUACGAGGAAAUGGAAGAGGAAUUCAAUGCUGGCAACUACCAUCAUCAUCUCAACCUUAUGUUCCAGGAAACAGAACAGGAAUGGGUCAAUCAGAUCAUGAAACCUGUCCUGGAGGAGAGGUUGCCACAUCUGCAGAACAUCAUCUUUGGAGAUGAGGAUCUUCACCUGGGUAUGUACUACAUCAAUGCACUCUAUGAUGCCAUUGACAACAGCUUCAAGACAGUCUUGUUGAUCAGCAACCAGUCUGUAAAAGAUGCGUGGACAAUGACCAAGCUCCGCAUGGCUCUGGAGCACGUCAAUGACACAGCAUUUGACAAAGUCAUCCUGAUCUUUAUAGAGGAGAUAGAGGAUGAGAACAUGCCAUACCUUGUCAGGUUGUUCCUGAGUAGGAACAAACCUUACAUGUUGUGGACGGAUGAUGAAGACGGACAGGAACUAUUCUGGGCUCAAUUUGAAAGAAGCAUGAGGGCAAACAGGGCUAUAAACAAUGCUAUUCCACUGUAA